AUGGGGCGAGGGCGCAGCGAGAUAAAGAGGAUCGACAACCCCACGCAGCGCCAGUCCACCUUCUACAAGCGCAGGGACGGCCUCUUCAAGAAGGCCCGGGAGCUCGCCGUCCUCUGCGACGCCGACCUCCUCCUCCUCCUCUUCUCCGCCUCCGGCAAGCUCUACCAGUACCUCGCGCCCACCGUCCCCUCUGUCAAGGAGUUCGUCGAGAGGUACGAGGCUUCGACGCACACCAAAGUUUGGUCCGACAUCCGCCAGGAGAGGCGCCGCGAGCUGGAGAAGGUGGCCAAGAUGUGCGACCUCUUGGAGAAGGAACUGAGGUUCAUGACGGUGGACGACGGGGAGCGGUACACGGUGCCGUCGCUGGCGGCGCUGGAGCACAACCUGGAGGCGGCCAUGCACAAGGUGCGCUCCGAGAAGGACCGCAAGAUCGGCGGCGAGAUGAGCUACCUCGAGAACAUGAUCAGGGGGAAACAAGCGGAGCGCUACGGUCUGUGUGACAAGCUCGCUCAUGCUCAGAGCCUCAAGGUCGUUGAAGGUGGAUCCACCUCGCUGAACAACGGCCUGGACCUCAAACUUGGUAGGUUCUCCCAGUCGAUUCAGAACCUAGUUACAGUACAAGUAAGUAGGUCGCAGAUCUGA